AAAAUUAAACUCAAAAUGAUGACUUCAGAAGAGUCUGAUUCUAUAAGCACCGUUCCCUCAGAUGGACAACCUGAGGAUAUGUCAGAAGAAGCUCCAUCGUCCAUGGUAUCUAGUGAGGCAGAAUCUGAAGGCAGUGUGCUCUCAGAAUCUGUUCGACAUGAUACUGUAGACGCCCCAUCUGCUCAGAGCAGUGAUGCAACAUCCACCGACCAAAUGCCUACAGCACAAGAAAGGAGCACUGCCCCCAUAUCAAAUGAUUGGAAAAGUGUUGGAAACACUUCAUCAUUAGUUUCCACUAGAGGCUCAAUGCUUCCCUGGGGAUCUCACAAAGGUCCAGUGAUACCUCCGCCGGAUUCGGAACUGCGUCCAGGAGAAUUGGUGAUGAGGCUUCUCUUCACGGAGUUCACAGUGCAGGCUGAGAGAAAAAUGGAGGCUGUUAUGGCUGAACCAUUGGAAAAACCGCUGAACAAAACUCUUCAACGUGGCGAAGAUCCGCAACUAGACCAAAUAUUAUCAGCAUUCGGCACAGUUGCUGAACAUUGUUUGCCAUCGCUUUUACGCGCUCUGUUCGGGUGGCUGGAAAGACAGAUGGCAGACUCGCCGCAACUCAGCGAACAAGCGAAAAAACCUCACCAAGAUCUAAGAAAUAAAAGCAUAAUCUCCAUAGUAUCAGGAAGUGGUGCAGGGCCUGAGACAAUGGAACGAAGUUCUGAAGAGUUGCAGGCUGAAAGACGUGAUUUAGCUGUCGAAUUCCUGUUUUGUCUCGCGCUGAUAGAAGUUCUAAAACAAUUGCCCUUUCACCCGGGCCAUGAAGAUCUCGUGCAAUACAUUGAAAAUGUUGCCUUCAAAAGGUUCAAUUAUAAGGAUGGAUUCCAAUCCAACCCAAACGCAGCAAAUGUACAUAUUUUAGCUGACUUGUAUGCAGAGGUAAUAGGGGUGUUAGCACAAUCACGAUUUGCUUCUGUUCGAAAACGAUUCACCGCAGAACUCAAGGAGCUAAAAAGUCGUGAGCCGUCGCCUCACACUACUCAAAGUAUUAUCUCACUGCUUAUGGGCAUGAAGUUCUUCCGCGUGAAGAUGGUGCCUAUAGAAGAGUUUGAAGCUUCAUUUCAGUUUCUUCAAGAAUGUGCGCAGUACUUUUUAGAAGUCAAAGAUAAAGACAUUAGGCACGCUUUAGCGGGGCUGUUCGUUGAAAUAUUAGUACCUGUUGCAGCGACUGUGAAAAACGAAGUUAACGUGCCCUGUUUGAAAAACUUCGUAGAAAUGCUGUACAGUCACACGCUUGACGCGAGUACCAAAUCUAAGCACCGCUUAGCUCUAUUCCCUUUGGUCACUUGUUUGCUAUGCGUAUCACAGAAACAGUUCUUCCUAGCGAAUUGGCAUUGCUUCUUAGCAAUGUGUUUGUCACAUUUGAAAAACAGAGAUCCUAAAAUGUGCAGGGUGGCUCUAGAAUCACUUUAUCGCCUUUUAUGGGUGUAUAUGAUCAGAAUUAAAUGCGAAAGUAAUUCCGCUACACAGUCCAGAUUACAAAGUAUCGUAAACUCUUUAUUUCCUAAGGGUUCUAAAGGUGUUGUACCCAGAGACACACCGCUGAAUAUCUUUGUGAAAAUAAUACAGUUCAUAGCUCAGGAGCGUCUAGAUUUUGCUAUGAGAGAGAUAGUAUUCGAUUUGCUGAUGGUUGGAAGACCGAUUAAAAUAAUAUUGACGCCGGAAAGAAUGUCUAUUGGAUUGCGAGCAUUCUUGGUUGUUGCUGACAGUUUGCAGCAGAAAGAAGGCGAACCACCGAUGCCUAGGACGUCGGGCACAUUACCGUCAGGAAAUACGCUUAGAGUUAAGAAAACGUUUCUGAACAAAAUGCUGACUGACGAAACUGCCAGGUCCAUAGGCAUGAGUGCGUACUUCCCGUAUGUCAGAAGAGUGCUAGUAGAGAUUCUUAGAGCCCUAGACGCACAUUACGGCAGACCUUUGAUGUUGACAAAUACACAAAAUGUGACCAAAGAACAAGAAAUAAAUACUGGUGAACGAAAACCACGGAUCGACUUGUUCAGGACGUGUGUUGCUGCUAUACCUAGACUAAUUCCUGAAGGAAUGAGUUCGAACGAGCUGGUGGACUUGCUGUGCCGUUUGACUGUUCAUAUGGACGAAGAAUUACGAGGACUCUCUUUCCAGAGCCUUCAAACGCUGAUAGUCGAUUUUCCAGAAUGGAGACAAGAUGUUCUCGCUGGAUUCACUCAGUUUCUUGCUAAAGAAGUUCAAGACACGUCACCACAGCUAGUUGAAAACGGGCUUCGGAUGCUGCUGCAACUGAUAACAAGUUGGAAAAAUGGAGAGCCUGCGGCAACUACUGUUCCGGUCAAGAUGGAGCCCCUGGCAUCAGUAGUGAGGGGUGCGGAGGCUUUAGGCCUGGUUAUGUUGUGUCAGUGCAAGGCCUACCCACGGCGAUUGGCAGUGCACAUUUUGAGAGAAACGAAAUACUUGCUAGAGAAAUUGCAAUUGACACGCGAAGAGCCGGCGCUGAUAGACGCUGCUGACGCGCACGUGCCGUAUUUCGCCGAGAAAUGUCUGCCGCUGCUGCCGCCGGCCGAGAAACAAGCUAUCCUUGCCGCGGGACAACCUGACCUCGUUUGGAUGGCUGAACGAACACACGCUGUUUGGACUACCGGCAUUCAACACGAUGAAGCGUCGACGAAGAAUAGCUGGAGUGGCAGUGCUUCUAAUGGAGCGGAUCCAUGGGAAGUGUUGCUCUAUGGUUUACUGGAGCGAAGUCGAGUGCCAGCUAAAUGUCCUGCUACAGUGCUGCAGGCUUGGCCCAUACUGCAUACUCGAAUACAUGCUCUUUAUACUAUUAUUGAACCUGCACCCGUAAGCGACAAUCGCGCAUCACUUCUCUCUAGAAGUCCAGCUCUACCUCGAAAACCUGAAAAAGAAAGAGAUGGUUACAUGCAAGUGUGGAAAUACUACAUGACCAUGGCCUACCUUGUGGUGCCAGCUGUACCAAGCCCUGUCAUACGCUGCGCCAGUCCUGAUCUCAGCCUUAGCUCUUCGCCGGAUUCGCUGAGCGAGCGCAGCGGCGGCGAGGCGCGCAGCUUGCAGGCGUCCCCGGGCUCGUUGCACAAGCUCGCCGUGCCUCUUGCGCGCUGCGAAGUUCCUGAAGUUCGCGACGCAGCUGUUGCUGCAGCUGGACACAUUAAUCCUGACGCUCUCAAAGAUUUAGUGGAAGAGCUGCUGCCACUGCUGCGUGAAGCAGUGGAUCGCAAACAAGAGAAUAUGCGUCGGCGUAGGCGCCGCGACGCUCUUCGCCUCAAUCUCAACAAGAUGCUACUCAUCAUCGCCCAGAGGAAAACUUUUGCUAAUAGUGCGUUUGCAGUGGAGGGAGGUAGCUUACAUGCAACCUUGACGGAAUACCUAGACGGCGCGCGGCAAUGUCUUGAAGUGGAAGCCGAGAAGGAUGCGCCAGCCGCAAGGGAACAACGACUUACCUUUGCGGAUUUCGUCACCGAACUUAUCAAGAAUUUUCCACUGGAGAUACGUGCCUCGUUGAUGAAGAAAGAGCUCUGUCGCAGCCUGUUCUGCUUGUUUUCGGGUUGGUGCGGACCACUUGCCAAAUAUCUAGGCUCGCUGGUGCCCGCACCGCCGCCGACGCCUGAAGUUGACGAGCGCCUUAACCUUUCGGCACUUAAGGCCAUGAGCGCCCUAGUCUCUUGCGGACCCUGCUUUGCGCCUAACGCGCUAGCCGAAGACGGCACCCUCUAUCCGUGGCUUAGCGAGAUGUUAUCAUCUACAAAUGACAAGAUAUACGAGCUGGCCCGUGAAACCAUAGUGCUCCUUCUGGAUUGCAACCCCGACAUCGGCCCACUGUUGGAUUGGACCGUAGACAAGUGCUUCACUGGUACCCCUCGCGUCGCUGAUGGUUGCUUCAUGGCUCUUGCCACCAUAUUCAGCGCUAGAGAGUACCCGUGCGAUCACUACACGGCGAUCAUCAACGUAACGCUAAUGUGCACUGGAUGUCCUCGUGCACCCAUUCAUGAAAGCGCCUUACAGCUGCUUCAACUGUUGGACAAGCGGUUUUUUGGCACGGUGGGUCUACUGCCCGCAGACGAUGAUAAUGGUUCGGAAAAAGGGCGAGGCACGCUGGAUGCCCUAUUAUGCACCACAUACUGCCGGUCGCAGCUCUACCUGUCCAGGCAGUUAUCGCAGUUACACCCGGAGCUAACCAUGCCGAUGUUCUCAGAAAUAACAGCGAGAUUUCAAACAGCGCGCACAGAGGUUCGUCAAUUACUGCUCCAGUAUCUCUUGCCAUGGUUAGUGAACAUCGAGCUUGUGGAUCCGAACGUGCCGCCGGCUAAUCCUCUUUCCUACAUACAGUACUACACUUCGGAAGCCGGGCGCAGUGGACGGCGUGAAGGUCUGGGCUCUGCGGAGGCAACUGAGAUGGUUCUCAACAAUCUGUUCUACAUCACCGCCAAGUUUUCUGACUACCACCCGAAGGAGAUAGAAGAACUGUGGUCAACGCUUUGUGCUUGCUGGCCUAACAACUUGAAAGUCAUCAUUCGCUACCUCGUAAUUAUCUCGGGAAUGGCGCCUAACGAGCUGUUACCUUACGCGAAACGCGUGGUGUUGUACCUGGCGCGGUCACGGCCCGAGCGAUUGCUGGAUGAAAUGAUGACCGAGCUUCAAACCGUGGAGACGCUGAAUUGCCUCAUCGAGCGCACGGAGACUCCGCCCUUCUACCGACUCACAUCAAUGCGGAAAGCCACAUCAGGACACAGCGAUGGCCCUGGCACAGGCUCACAGGAUGCGACUGGACGUACCGGCGAACUCGCGCCAGUAGAAAAGGGAACCAUACAUACAAAGAGACAUAGCGGAGAAGAUCCUGCCAAAUCCAGCGCCGCGAAGGCACCUGAAACACCCGGGAGUCGAUCGCAGGACAAGCGCACCUCGGCACCGCCGUGCCCCACGCCGCCCGCUGAUGAAGACCCCGCGCCACCAUCCGAUGGCGAUGCCACGCCGUUUAUGCAGACGGGACUGUGUCCCGAUGCAGCGGUGACGCCAACGGGUCCGGGCGGCAAUGCGCCGCAGACGCCACAGGAAACUCGAGUUGACGUUCCGCAGCCACGACCGCUGCCAAUGCCCGAAUACGGAGGCUUCUUCGCCAAGCUCUCCGAGUAUCUCCCGGACACCAGCCAACCCGUCUCUGGUUUCCAUAGAUGCAAUGUAGCAGUAAUGCUUCUAUGCGACGUAGUACUGGACGGGGUCGAGCUUGACUGGUCUAUCCACGUUCCUCUAAUGCUUCACAUCGUGUUCCUGGGAAUGGACCACACAAGAUGGAUCGUCCACCAGCACUGCCGUCAGCUGUUGCUGAAUCUGCUGGUCGCGGUGGCGGCUCACCACGACCAUUUGACCGUGGCGCGAGUCUUGCUUGCCAGUCGCUCCGCGCAGCUCGGCCUUGGUAUCCCGUCGCCAGCCCUCCCUUUAGUACCUCAUAAUUUUACUGAACCAGAUGCAGCCUUUGACAGCCACCUGCAAUGUUCUCACUCACCACGGCAUCACGCGCGCUCCCUCAGCUCAGAUCCUCAAGUUACUCCUGAAGGUGAAGGCGAUAACUACCCAUCCUUACCGGUGAUUGUGACUGGUGAAGCGGAUGCAGAGACGAUCCCGGAGCCCAUGCCUGAAACUGAACCCACAGAAGUUCCCGUCGCGGAUGUGAUUAAGUCCCUCGUACAUUUCCUUGCAAACAGACCCACCCACAUGCCUCUCUGGCAGUAUGAAGAUAUUACAGCUAAAGUUUGGACGCUACGGAGCUGCCAGCAGAUGCAAACGCUGCUACGUCAUGUGUUGCGCGUGUUCCGCGAGUCGCUGCCGCACGCGCUGGUUUCAGAAAGGUGGGCGCAGACCGCGCUGCAGCUGGGCCUCUCCUGCCCGAGUCGACACUAUGCCGGACGAUCUUUACAGGUUUUCCGCUUCAUAGGUGUAGCGAUGACAGGUCGCAUGGUUUCCGACAUUCUCUCACGGCUGGUAGAGACUGUAGCUGAGCAAGGCGAGGACAUGCAAGGCUAUGUCACCGAAUUGCUGCUAACGCUUGAAGCGGCUGUGGACUCCCUAGAAUCCAACUUCCGCCCACUCGAUUAUAUGAGAGACAUUUUUAAGUCCACUCCGAAUCUCAAUAAUAAGGAUGGUCAACAAGUCAACGGUGGAGCUUUUUCAGCUGGCAAGCGAUCGCCAGGCGUGUGCGUCGGCUGCGUGACCAAUCACACUCGCAGUACUAGCUACUCUGUUUCUUACUGUGUACGUAAGAGUAAUGCACCGCCGCCAACGGCUGAUAAACCGCAACACGAUGUUCGAACCAGGCCAUGCAGUGAAGCAACUAAGGGAAUUUGCUCCAAUCUAUGCAGAUCUCGCUCGGCACAGUCACUCAAACUUCUAGGAGAUACCGCAACACAGGACGACAAGCUGACAAUCUUAGCAACAUUAUUUUGGGUUGGCGCAUCACUACUGGAGUCGGACUAUGAACACGAGUUCUUGUUAGGCGUGCGGCUACUAGCGCGCGUGAUGGCGCGACUGCCGCUGGAUAGGCCGGACGCGCGCGAGCGACUCGACAGAACGCAAGCGCAUACCUCACCGUCACUACACGCUCUACUACUAAAGGGCUGCACUCAUCCUAACACGUACGAACCCGUGGUAGGCGUCUUGGCUGAUAUGAUUCCUUUACUGGAACUGCCAGUCAUCGACCCUACCCUAUCUCUGGCCUUCCCUAUGACAGUAGUGGCGCUGUUGCCAUACAUGUUACUGCACUACGAAGAUGCUAACGAACUGUGCGUACGUGCAGCUUGUCAUAUUGCACAGUUCACAGCUGAGAAAAGCAAGAAACUAGAGAAUCUCGGCACUGUGAUGACGUUGUACUCGCGGAAGACGUUCAGCAAGGAAAGCUUUCAAUGGACCAAAUGCGUCGUCAAAUACCUCUGGGACACCUACUCUCACCUGUCGCUGCAAAUGCUCGCUUUUCUCGUUGAAGUUCUUGAAAAGGGCGCAGUGAACUUGCAGCUGCCGGUGCUGUCGAUUUUGCAUUGCAUGUUGUACUACGUGGAGCUGAACGCGCCCGCUGCGCAGCCCGUCAACGCUGACCUUCUCAGGGUGGUCGCCAAAUUCAUUGAUACUAACUUACUACAGGAUGGAAAUAACUAUAAGGAGGCCAUGAAGAUCCUCAAGCUAGUAGUGACGCGGUGCUCGACUCUGGUAGUACCACCGUACUGGGACAAUCACGCGUCGUCUAUAUUGGACACCGAACUACAUGGAAAAAAGGAGCUGCCCGGCCGUACAAUGGAUUUUACGUUCGACUUGUCCCAAACGCCCGUAAUCGGCAGGAAGUACCUUCCUAAAGCCAGCGGCAGUCAGCCUGCUACUGGACCCAACUCACUCUCCAACGCCUCUACCUUCACACCCGACAAAGGUUCAUCAGUCUCGGGAUCAGCGUCAACGGUGGUGGGCCCUGAAAGCACGAACAACAACAGCGCAACGCAGCCACAGAGCGCUACCUCGCCGCGUCGCUCACUUUCGCUGUCGCCAGCAGACGCUCUUGCAGCCGGCUGGAAACGCCCUUGGAUGUCACAGAGCCGAGUACGCGAAUGCCUUGUUAACCUCCUUACAACUUGCGGCCAAAGGGUCGGCCUGCCUAAAAGCCCUUCUGUCAUCUUUAGCCAAAGUUCAGAGCUACUGGAGAGGGAAUCUUCGAUGGCCUCUUCCCUGGAGGAAGUGUCGGGCACUCCGGGGAAUGAACCUUCGGGAGGAGCACCGCCUACAGAUCACUUUGGCGUUUUCAAGGACUUUGACUUUCUUGAAUAUGAAAGCGAGAGCAUUGAGGGCGAAAGUUCGGAUAACUUCAACUGGGGCGUGCGCCGAAGAUUGCUCAGCGAGGAGCGCGAUGAAAGCCACGGACUAGAAAAAAGCCCGCCGCAGCAGGCGCGCAAAUCAGAUAACCAGCAAACCAACAAGCCGAACGUUCAUGAAGAUUCAUCAGAUGAGGAACCGGGCUGGGAAGAAGGGACCGCUGUGAGUCGUGGUGACGGUGAUGUCGGUGUUUCCAACGAUUUGUCGCUUCGACCUCGCACGCACUCCUUCUCUAGUGCAUCCAGUGGUGAAGCUGAUGGUGACCGGGGAGACGUGACGCCAGUACCAGGCGCGGGGCCUGUGUUGCGCGACGCGUGGCGCACCUCAGUGGCGGCUUUACUGCGUCACGCCACACACAUGCAGCCCAUCGGACUAAUCCAUCGACUCCACACUGUACUCAAAGAGGUUACUUCGAAAACGGUGUCAUUGUGCGCGGAGGGAGCGUUCACAAGUGGCGGCGCAGCGGAGUUAUCUGCGGUGCUCGAGCGCCUCGGCUCCGAAGAGCCACCACUGCUGUGGGUGGGACCCGCGGCCGCCGACUCAGCGCGAAUCCGCGACGCCGUUAGAUACGCGGUCCUCGAAAUCAAUGAGCACCUCGAAACAUAUUUCGAUAGACGAGAACAUGCAUUGGAGGCAUUAGAGCUGACACGUGGUUCGAACGAAGAAGUAGGCCGGUGCCUGUACAAGCUGAUCUUUCAGCUACUGUUGCUUCUAGAGACGAAUAACAAGAUGGUGGUCGCUGUGUACCACGCUGCUUUAGAUAAUAGGGGCGUAGAGAUGAGCGUGGCGGUGUGCGCGGUUCGCAAUGCAUUGGCAGCCUGCACCGGCGAGUCCUGGGGCGAACAUUCGCCGGCACCACAUGACGAUUCGCGGCUGCUUAACCUCAUCCAACGACAACGGUGGGGUGCAGCGUUAGCGCUGGUGCGUGAACGUAACGCUGAACGUAUCCUAGAACACGGAGAAGUGCCGGAAGAUGAUAUCACAAGCCUACUUCACGUAUACUGCAAAGGGCUCGCUCAAGCGCAUCCAGACAUGGUUGCCAUCACCCGGCCUGUGAACGAGCUGUCUCAAAACCUAUCCUUCAUGAUGGAGAGCCUGUACAAAGUAUCAGUGGCACUGCAGCGGCAGGAGUACGGCUGACCGACUACGCAAUCACCCUUCCGCACGCCACUUCCACACCAAAGCAUGCCUAGAUAAUAAAAAAAAUAAUAAUAGAGCUUCUAUCACUCAGUGCGUGCUGUACAAGUGCCGGUCUAACCAAAAAUUAGUCACAUAGUUUAGUAUUCACAAAUGAUUUAAAAAAAUCUUAAUUAUGCCCUAAUAGUCGACAGUUCUUUCUUCACCGUUGUAAUAUGUCGACUAAUUGACGAUAUUAACACAAAGAUAGGAGUAUGUAAAGGUCCCAUAUAUUAGGAAAUUUUAUAUAAAAAAGCAAAUCUGGACUAGGGUGGUGGUAGAGUAGCGAAAGCGUAAUUGAAGUAUUAACGUUUGUACUAACUUAGUUCCGAUUAACUGAUCUCAGGAUAUUGCGAACACUACGUAAAAAGUUCAUAGUCAUAGUAUUCUUGAAAAUCAAUACAAUAGCAUUCACUAUGGCACCAACUUAUUAUAACAUUAAAACAAUUGCACUAGAGACACCACUAAUAUCACAAAAAAAGUUGGCUCUACUGAGGUAACAAAAAGGCCCGUGCGUAAGGAGUUUGACGCCGUGUGACAAAUGACAUUUUUCAAUAUAUUUGCGUGAAAAUAGAAGAAGAAGAGUUUCACUUUUGUUUUUAUUCACUGACAUUUGCGAUGAUCGCCAUAAUAUUAUUGUUAUAAAACUGACACUGGCACAAGCCUAGUGGCCGCCACAAAGGAAAUAAUAAUGAUUAUAAGUUUCACAAUAUACAUUUUCAUAAAUCGAAUAUUUUUUCUACAUUUCGAAGGCAAAGUAUCUUUUGCAACUUGACGUUUCACAUAAAACGUCGGGACGGAUUGAUCAUGAUUGCUAAUCUCUUAAUGCACAUAAAUUAUUUAUUACUUCAUUAUAAUUUCUUUGAAAUAUUCAACGCAAGCAAAGGAGUAACAAUAAUAUUAUAACAAUAGUUCGAAUAGUUUUACGAAGAUGGAUUUUUUCUUAUUACACGCAUGCGCAUUCGGUAAGGACUGUUUGUAUUUGAAACAAAACUCCGCUACAACCAAAUAUUUUAUAAGUGAAGAAAGUGCGUUAUGAUACUUCGCUUACAAAUGGCACCAUAUUGAAACAUCACAAUAAUAAGUAAUGAGAACUCUAAACCUUACCGUUUGACAAAGAGCAGAAUCAAAAAUGGCACAUCUCGGAAAGACACUUAUCUAUUUAGACAUGGAUUAUUUUUAUUACUGACCGAAAAAAUUAUAUGUAAGCGGAAGUAGCAAAUAAGUUACACGUUUAUAUAGGUGAACUUCGGACAAAUAAGUUACAUGUAUAUACGGACAAAUAAGUUACAUGUUUAUGUAGGUUAACUUCGGACAUUUUAUUUCGUUAUUUUAUAUUAGAUCCAACGUCCAUUUUUUGGUAGGUCAAUGG